UCCCCUCAGGAUCUUCCCAGACUGGAAAUGGCAACGUCCUUAGAGAAAUCCCAGGCGGAAGUCCUGCUGAAUGAAUUGCAGCACCUGGUCUACUUCGUGGUCGUGUUCCUGCUCUGUCCCCUUCUGAUCUUCUGCGGCUUCAAGUACGUGCUCCUGGGCACCAGCCACCUGAAUGCGGACAUCGGCUCGGGUGUGGCCACUGUGAUCGUGAUGCAUAUCCUGAUCGCCGUCUACAUGUUCCGCCUGAUCUUCCAGCAGGAGUUCUCGCGCAUGGAGCAGAUCGAAACGCUGUCCGAGUGGGAGAACAUCCUGCCCCAGCAGGCCCAGAAGCAGCAUCCCGUUCUCGUUGUUCUCCUGCUGAUGUUCUACUGCUCGUUGAUCAUCGGCUUCCCUGUUGUCACGUUCUUCGCUCUGAAGUUUGUGGUCCUGAAGAAUCUCUUUCUCAUCGGCAACAUGGAUGCCGAUAUCAUAUCGGCUAUUGGGGCCGUCAUUGCCGUCCACCUAGCAGUUGGGCUGUUCAUCUAUAGGGUGUACUAUACCACCACUUCGGGGAACAGUGCCAAUGCCAAGAAAAUUUGAUGGAACAUCCUAUCCCCUAUUCCUCUAAUGAUCUUCAAAUUUAUUACUACAUGAUGCCUCAGAGCUCUCCAAUUAAAGUA